CGUCGACACUUCCGGGUGUUUCGAGGCUGGUAGAAUAGACAGACGGCGAAAAAACUUACGCUCAGCUCAAGCUUGUUUGUUUUUUUCAUUAAAAUGAAUCGUAUUUUUGGUAAGGGGAAACCCAAGGGUCCGCCACCGAACCUUACGGACUGCAUCGGAACCGUGGAUUCCCGUUCGGAGUCUGUGGAUAAGAAAAUUGCCAGACUGGAUGCCGAGCUUGUCAAGUACAAGGAACAGAUGAAGAAGAUGCGAGACGGACCGUCAAAGAACAUGGUCAAACAAAAGGCCAUGAGGAUCCUGAAGCAGAAGCGAAUGUACGAGGGUCAGCGAGACAACCUCAUGCAGCAGUCGUUUAACAUGGAACAAGCCAACUACACCAUUCAAACCCUCCAAGACACUAAAACCACAGUGGACGCCAUGAAGGGCGGCCUGAAAGACAUGAAGAAAGCGUACAAGCACGUGAAACUUGAUCAAAUCGAGAACAUUCAAGAUCAGCUGGAGGACAUGAUGGAAGACGCCAACGAGAUCCAAGAGACGCUGAGCCGCAGCUACGGAACUCCCGAGAUUGACGAGGACGACUUGGAGGCGGAGCUGGACGCCCUGGGAGACGAGUUCCUGAUGGACGAAGACAGCUCCUACUUGGACGAGGCGUCUACUGCGCCGGCCAUCCCCGAAGGCCUGCCUGGCUCCAAAUCUAUCAGGGAAGGCGUCUUGGUGGACGAGUUUGGCCUUCCUCAAAUUCCCGCCACAUAAACAGACGAUUGUUUCCAUGUGUCUUACCCUUCCCUUCUAUUUAUCCGAGUGACACUCCUUGCCUCAGACUAACCAAAAUGAUCAAAUUGCUUUGUCAUUCAUCUUUAUGAUUGUUCUAUUAAUCGAAGGUGGAACUCACAAUAAAUGGUAUUUUUCAAACAA